GCUAUAUUUUACCCCGUCUAUCCAAUUUGGUCAUAUGCCCAAACGAGCAUGACUUCAAAGAACGACUAUGUCGUCUGUUACGCCCCUCUCCCUUCAUCCCCCACCCCCCAUCACGUCGUCGUCCUCCCUCUCUACGGCCCACCUCCGAGUCGCCGUCGUAUUCACCGCUACCUCGCCGUCGCCACCGUUCUCUUCCUCCUCUCCCUAGCCAUAUUUCUCCUCUACCCCUCCGACCCGACCAUCAAACUCGCCCGAGUCCGGCUCAACCAUGUCCAAGUCAAAUCGUCCCAUGGACUCUCCCUCGACCUAUCGUUCUCUCUCACCAUCAAGGUCUACAACCGGGACUUCUUCUCCCUGGACUACAAUUCCCUGGUUGUCUCGGUCGGCUACCGAGGGAGGGAGCUAGGGUUUGUUAGCUCCCAGGGUGGGCGCGUCAGGGCCAGAGCUUCGUCUUACGUGAACGCCACGCUCGAUCUCAAUGGGUACGAGGUCAUUCACGACGCGUUUUACUUUAUCGAAGAUUUGGCCAGGGGUGUAAUUCCUUUUGAUACUGAUACGGAAGUGAGUGGAGUAUUAGGCCUCUUCUUCUUCCAAAUUCCUCUCAAGGCAAGGGUAUCUUGCGAGGUGUAUGUAAAUUCAAAUAACCAGACAAUCGUCCGCCAAGAUUGCUACCCUGAGUGAUGGGGGUAGAUAUCAAAAUGGCUGAAAUUCUCCGUUAUGAGUUGGGAGCUGAACAUAGGGUUGGUUGAUGGAGGUCAAAUAUUGAAGGGCAUUGGGACCAAAGCGGUGUAUAAAUAUUUGGAGUAGACCUGUUUAUUCAUAAUGCAUUUAUGGUGUAAAAGUCUACAAAGGAUUGUUGGAGUGGUUUCUAUUGGUAUUGCUUUAGGUGUUGAUUCUGACAUCUAAUUUUGCACAGCGAUCUCUUAUUAAAAAUUCUCGCACUAUGUUGA